UCCUUUUCCUUUGGCUUCUAGCUCUUCUCUGUUGCUCAGGUUCUUUUGCGUUAGUUGCAGUUUGGUCCUUGGCCUUGUAGUGUGCCUGCUUUUUUGAGGAGUGAGUGUUGCUUUUAUUUUACUCCUUUUUCUCUUCUUCUUUCAGAGGCUUUUUGGCACGUGCCCCGCCCCCCAAAUCCAUUUUCCCCGUCUGUUUGGAGAAAUUCUGUUGAUUAAAUAAUACACAGGCUUUUUUUGAACAAUGAGUUCUUACAACGUGGCACUCACUGGACCUUCACCCUGGGGCUUCCGGUUGCAAGGAGGCAAGGAUUUCAACAUGCCCCUCACUGUUUCUAGGGUUACACCAGGCAGCAAGGCAGCCACAAGCAACCUGAUUCAGGGUGACAUCAUUGUGGCCAUUGAUGGGGUCAGCACGGAGGGGAUGACACAUCUGGAGGCCCAAAACAAGAUAAAGUCUGCCAACUUCAAUCUGGCACUCACCAUGCAAAGGUCAAAGCGGCCUACCCCAGUUCCCAUGGCAACACCAAGGAUUGACUCCCCUAUGCCUAUGAUCGCCCAUCAGAAGGUUAUUACCAACACUCCUGUCAACAAUGAGUACCUGCCCAGCUUCAACCCCAUAGCUCUGAAGGACACUGCCCUUUCCACCCACAAGCCCAUUGAGGUGAAGGGGCCUGGAGGCAAGGCCACCAUUAUCCAUGCCCAGUACAACACUCCAAUCAGCAUGUACUCCCAGGAUGCUAUCAUGGAUGCCAUUGCUGGUCAGUCCCAGGCCAGGGGUAGCGAGCUGUCUGGUAAUCUGCCAGUUAAAGACCGUGUUAUAGACAGUGCUUCCCCAGUGUAUCAGGCCGUCAUCCCCAGGGAGGCCAAUGAAAUGGAGCCCUCUGAUUGGGCUCUCAGAGCCGCCCAGCUGCAGUCCAAGUCCUUCCGCAUCCUUGCCCACAUUACUGGUACUGAAUACAUGCAAGACCCUGAUGUGGAUGCUCUGAGAAGAUCAAGGGAAAAGUUUGAAUCUGAAGCCAAAGGCCCUCGUUUUGCUAAACUGAAAAACUGGCACCAUGGCCUGUCGGCACAAAUACUUAAUGUGCCACAUACUCCUGCCGAGCAUGCUCCAGUUUCCACCAGCCUUGCACCAAUCUGUCCGCCUGCUAUCGCUGCUUCGCCCAAUGGGCUCCUGUUGGAGCCGCAGAAAGCCUAUCAGGCACCUGAGCAAUCCCUGGUAGACAGCUUCAACUUGGAGACUUCAAUUGAUUACACUUCCCAGUACAAAACCUCCAUCUCCAGUCCUUACACACAGCCUCCAACUAUGCAGCAGCCACCACUCAUGCAGAAGCCACCACUCAUGCAGCAGCCUCCACCCAUGCAACAGCCACCCAUGCAACAGCCACCCAUGCAACACAGCUCCAUCCAGAUCCCUGUAGGUCCAGCACCUCCUAAAUUGGUCAGCACUGCCACCAUUGUGCCUACGGCCUACCAGGCUGCCCCAGCACCAGCUCCAACAAUGGUUCAUGCUCCUGCUCCACCUGCCCCAGCUCCAGCCCCUCCUUCCAGCAGGCCUCCUUGGGUUAUUGAUGAUAAUUUUGCCCAGAAAUUUGACCCUAGCAAACCCACUACCACAAGUAUCAAAGUGCAGGCUCUGCCCCAGGCUGCCCCACGACCACCAGCCUACAUCCCCAACCCCAUCCCUGCUCCUGCUGCUCCAAGUCCUGCUUUCAACCCUUCCUCUCCUCCAUUCAACCCCGCCCCACUUCCACCUGUGGCUCGUGGAGUUGCUCAAAGGGCUGAGCGGUUUGCAGCCAGCAGCAGAACACCUCUGUGUGCAUCCUGCAACAACAUCAUCAGGGGACCAUUCCUGGUGGCAUUGGGUCGUUCCUGGCAUCCCGAGGAGUUCAACUGCCAUUACUGCCACUCGUCUCUGGCUGAUGUCAGCUUUGUGGAGGAGCAGAAUAAUGUUUACUGUGAGAACUGCUAUGGAGAAUUCUUUGCCCCUACCUGUGCCCGAUGCAAUACCAAGAUCAUGGGAGAAGUGAUGCAUGCACUGCGGCAGACCUGGCAUACUACUUGCUUUGUUUGUGCAGCCUGUGGAAAACCAUUUGGAAACAGCCUCUUCCAUAUGGAGGAUGGGGAGCCCUAUUGUGAGAAAGAUUACAUUGCUCUCUUCAGCACAAAAUGCCAUGGCUGUGACUUCCCAGUUGAGGCAGGAGACAAAUUUAUUGAAGCUCUUGGCCACACAUGGCAUGAUACUUGCUUUGUUUGUGCGGUGUGCAAUGUGAACCUGGAAGGGCAACCUUUUUACUCCAAGAAGGACAAGCCCUUAUGCAAGAAGCAUGCACAUGCCAUCAAUGUGUAGAUGCUUCAGUGGUGCAACAGAAGCUGUUGGAGAAAAAACUAAAUGCAGUUUAUAUAACAUUUGCAUUUGAGGUUCUAUGGCAAGGCAUCACUGCCAACCCAAAUGAAUAGAAAAUCUUACAGAAAAUGACACAUAUAAAAAUUAAUAUAAAAGAUAUAUAUAUCAUUUUUAAUUAAACAGAUAGGUGUUCUGACAAAUGCACAUUUUUAAAUUCAAAUUAAAUCUCAAUGUGCACAUAGAGGAUGAUUUAUUUAGUUCAUUCUUUAUCUUUUAUUAUAAUAAAUGUGCAUACAGGCACUUGUUUGCCUGAUAUACAUUAAUUUAACUGAGGUAACAUCUUUUUCACUUUUUGGUUUGGUGAAUUUAAACAGCAUUUUUAUGAUGUUAGUGACUAAAACACUGAUUUGUGCUCCUUCAUUAGAAUUUAGUUAGAUUCCUAACCAAGUAGCUCGUUCGUUAUUUAGAAUUUAAAAUGUUAUACAUGGAUGUUGUUGUGUUUUUGGUGAAUAUUGUCUAGAGAUGUACUUGUUCAUGGCCAGGCAUAGUCUUGAGUUGAUGUCACGUCUCAGAUCAUUCAUAAAUCAAAAACAGAGCCUGAACAAAAAUCUAUGAAUUUUAUUAAGCCUUUACCCUGAAAGGAAUCUUAGUUGUAUUUCUUUUUAUUGCAUUACAAGUUGUUUUCACAAAAAUAACGAGGCCUAUUGCGAUUUCACUUUACACUGAGUCUUUUAAAUGCUGAAUGGGUCAUUUUUAUGUGCUACAAAUCUUGUUCAUGUGUGAAAGUGAGCAGAUAAUGCAUUUGUGAUGUUAACAUUAGUGUUAGUUUCCAUUUGCCAAUUAAAAACAAUAUAAACAGGGCACCUGACAAGGUAACAGAAUUUAAAUGUUCAAUCAGUUCUUGCCCUCACAAUGUACAGUAUGCAAGACUAAAUAGCUGUUUAAUUUCCAGCCUACCAUGCUGAACCGAGUACCUUAAACUGUUUCUCUUGGUCAUCUAUUAUAGUUGUUUUUAGUUCUGUUAUUUGUUGUGCCCAAAAACUCAAUAUUAAGAUUGUAUUUGCAAAUUACAUAGUGUUCUGAUUUGCACAGAUAAUUUACUUGUUUUCUUUUCCAAGAACGAGGGAUUGAUAAUUUAAUUUGAUUAAUAAUUUAAUCAACAAGACAAGAUCGAUUUCACCACAUAAUUGGAUAAAUUGGAUUCUUAAUGUUUUCUAGAAAAUUAUAACAAAUGUGGUAACUUAGACUUUGUUCUUAGUAUUCUCAGUGGGUAGAUGCUACCUAGCUGUGAGCUGCAACUUUAAAGGAAUAUUCUGGUUUCAGUUAAGCUCAAUGGACAGCAUUUGUAGCAUAAUAUUGAUUACCACAAAAAUUUAUUUCGACUUGUCCCUACUUAAAAAAAAAAGAAAAAAAAAAAAAGAAAAAUUGGGGUUACAGCGAGACACAAUAGAAGUGAAUGGGGCCAAUCCGUAAACGUUAAAAUACUCACUGUUUAAAAACUAUAGCCACAAGACCUAAACAAUAUGCAUGUUAACAUGAUUUUAGUUUAAUGUAAAAAAAAACUAAAAACACUGUAAAAACUAUGAUGUAAACAAUUUUACAGCUCAAAUAAUACAUGAGUUUUAACAGAAGAAUUCAUGUAAGUGCUUUUAUAAAACGAUAAGCUUCCCAUUUCUGCCUCUAAACCCUACAAAAAUUGGCCCCCCCAUUCACUUCCAUUGUAAGUGCCUCACUGUGACCUACAUUUUUUGCUUUUUUUAAAGAAAAGGAGGGACGAGUCAAAAUUAUUUUUUGUGGUAAUCAACAUUAUGCUACAAAUGCUGUUGACUGAGCUUAACUUGCAUUGAACUCGUAAAAUUCCUUUAAGCUUACAGUUAAAGUAUUUGUUUUAUGCCACAUGGCUACCGCAGAAAUUCAACACCAAUGUUUUCACAUUUUGAAAUGUAAGAGCAAUUGUAGACACUCAUUUCCCUUCAGGCUGUGUAUUUUUAUUCAUAUAAUUCUUUUGAAGAAACUCCUGUUUUAUUCAGACAUGUUUUAUGAGUGCACCCUUGACGUGUCAGCGUAAGUCAGUAUAUUUUCACUGUCAUAUUUUGAAUUUGAUCUAACCUACCAUAGUUAGAGUUGAGAAGUGUUUUUAUGACUACUUUAGAUGUCAGGUUGAUACAGCAGGGUUAUUAGUUUAAACAGCAGUUUUUCAUGCACGUAAAAUGCCUCUAAUGAAAUAAAUUAUUAGCUUCUUUUUUUCUUUUUUUUAUUUAUUUUUUUUAUAGAGUACACAGCCUUGGGUUCAGGUGUAUGGAUUUACUGUAUAAUUUUAAUACACUGCAUAAACAGAUACAAGACGUGUUUUCAUUGUGUAAUUUUACACUAUUGAAUGUCAAGCUGAAUGUCAGUUACUUUUCACAUAAUGUAAAACCAUCUGCCAUAUUCAACUGGGAAUUUAAAAUGGGGGAAAAAUGAAAACAAAAAUCAUGAAUUUGCAAUUUAUUUGUGUUACUGUAACAAAAAACACCCUUAAUGAUGUUUUUUUUUUAUUGUUUUUUUUUUAUUACAUAAAGUAUCUUCAAUGCAGUCUUCUGUUGAAUACUGCAGAUUCUUUCUUUGGGUAUUUAUGUAGGAGAGUAACAAAAAAUGGUUCAAACUGAGAUGUGGAUACAGAUCUGAAUUUAUUUAUUUUUUUCCUUUGGGAGAAAACAAACAGCCUUACUUUGUGCUUGUAUUACCCAAUACCAUGACCUUAAUGUCAAAAUAAUGACUUGUAUUUGCAUUUAAUUUUUGGAACAUGACUAGUACAAAAAUAUUAAGUUGCUUUAUACAAACUGUCAAAACAAUUGCUCAUAACUUAAAUAUUUUUUGAUUAAAUGUUAUAACACUGUACUACAGUUUGGACAGCGCCAUAAUUUAUUCACGUUUGUAAUAUUUUAAUCACAUUAUUUGUUACAUUUAAAUCUAAGUCAUGUUUAACUUAUACACUAAAUGGUGAUAAAACUGUUUGAAAGAAAUUUAUGCAAUGUACAGUUUCAGCAAAUACCAUACAUUACCAUACAUAGGAAAGAAUGCAACUGGGUGUAUUUAUAAUGUAUUUAAUUUAUGGAUUAAAAAUGAAAUAAACAUAAUAUAAAGGAAUAAUA